AUGUAUUGUAAGAAAAUUAAUGCCAAUUGUAUUGACAACUAUGAUGAAGAUGUCAAACAGAUUCAACAACUCGAGAAUGAGAUUCGCUUACUGGAACAACAUGUACUGAACGUAGAAAAUCGUGUUCGUCAAAAAGCUGCAAAGUUAGCAGAAUAUGAACUACACAUCAAAGGCUUCAAAGAAGAUCAGAAAUUUGACGAAAAUUUCUGGAGAGAACUUCAUCUUGACGAAAAGGAGAGCUGUCUUCAUGAAUCAGUAGAACGAAAUUCUACGGAUAAUGGCGUCGACGGAAAUAAUGCUCAAGUAUGUGCUCUGAACUCUGACAAGAAGAUAAAACCUGUCUCAAGUGAUCAAAUUAUCGACUACUUUUUACAGCGACUUCGUCAGCAGCCACAAUAG